AUGCUUUCCGCUGGGCAGCCACCUCAACCUCCGGCCACAUCCGUAACCGCGGCAUCUGCUAUCUCUAGCAAAGCGCAUCUGUCCAGCAUGCAGCAAAACGGAGCCUCCGUGACCACCGAAUUGGCCCCAGAGAAACCCGGCGGCCCUAUUCAGCACAUCUGGGUAGUGACCGGCCCCGCGGGCUGCGGCAAGAGCACAGUAGGCCAAGCCAUUCGCAAAGAGCUCGAUCUGCCAUUUCUAGAGGGCGAUGAUUACCACCCCAAAGCCAACAAAGACAAAAUGAGCAACGGAAUCCCCCUGACCGACGCAGACCGCUGGGACUGGCUGAUCUCCCUCCGCCAAGCCGCCAUAGACGCCCUCUCGCCUGCUGAAAGAAAUGACUUCCACCCCCCAGCCGGCGUCGUGGUCGCCUGCUCCGCCCUAAAGAAGAAAUACCGCGACGUCAUGCGCGUUGCGGCCUACGGCUCGCCUCUCGUUCAGAUCCACUUCGUCUACCUGAAGCUGACAGAGGCCGCGCUCAUGCAGCGUGUCACUCGGCGCCAAGCACACUACAUGAAGAGCGACAUGGUGCAGUCUCAGUUGGCGGCGCUGGAAGAGCCGAGGGACGAGUGGGAUGCCAUCACAAUCGAUGUUCAGAAAAGUGUGCUGGAUGCUGUGGCUGCGAAGUUGGCCGAGUACCAGUAA